UUCCCUUCCUCGCUUCCCUGUUUCAACUCAAACGCCACCAAAGCCCUUCCCUGAAGAUUCACACAGACAAAUAUUAUACAUACAAACCUAUAUACAUACGGUUUCUUACGUAUCUGAAUGAAUGAAUGAAUGAAUGAAUUAUGGUUUUCCCCUUCUUCUUCACUUCAAACCUAACAGCGGGAAGAAGAACAAGAAUAGAGACCCUAGCAAGAAGAAACAUCUUCAAUCCCACGACUUUUGGGUUGAUUCUGGUUUUUCUACCCAGAAUGCGAAACCCCUUUAUAUAAUACCAUCAGAACUUACCUAAAUCCUCCCGAUCUCCACCACCAUGUCCCUGGAUUCUUCCCCUCCCCAUCCGAUUGCUCCCGACCCUCCGCAGAACGACACCUAUCAACUCCAGAACGAGGAUAUUGCAACGGAGAGCGUGGAUGCAGUGGCUGCCACGCCGCCGCUUACUAGGAGCAAUCGCCCUUCGCGGGCUUGCACACUCCGGGCUGCACAGAGGCUACAGGCGCAGCAGCAGCAGGCUGCGUUUGAGCGGAGACAGAAGCCUGUAAAGAAAGAGCAGAAGCAGCAGCGUGAGCGGGAACAGGAGCAGCAGCAGCAAAAUGAUGGGUCAUCGUCGCCACAGCAAUGUAGUGGCAGCAGUAAGAUUAUAACGCCUCUGGUGGGGUCGCCGCCGCCCUCUCAGUUGCCACGGUGGACCCUUCGCUCCAUGUGGGAGUUAGCUUCAAUUCUUAAUUUUUUGCAUGUUUUCAGGCCGCUUUUGAAUAUACAAGUUGAGUUCUCAGCAGAAGAGUUCGAGACUGCACUUAUUACUCCCAAUGAUACUUUGGGGGAUAUUCACAUACCUUUGUUAAAGGCAAUCCCUCCUGUCACUCGGAUGGCCCUUACACGAGAUACCUGGAUUACUGUGCUAUGCAGAAAACUAAGAGACUGGUGGCAUUGGGUUGCAGAUGGGGAACUUCCCAUUGUUGCUUCACAUGGUGUGGAAAUUGAAGUGUAUAAGUCACUUGAUCCUGGUGUUCGCAUUGUGAUUUUGAAAGCAUUAUGCGAUAUUCGUGUUGAGCAAGAGGACAUCCGAAACUACAUUGACAACUCACUCAAACAUGGUGUUCAACUUUCAGCCUUUAGAAAAGAACGUGUUGGUGGUGAUUCACAUGGCAUCAAUUACUGGUAUGAAGAUGAUCCAGUGAUUGGUCAUCGCUUAUACCGGGAAAUAAGAAAAGUUGAGUUGAAGAAAGGAAAGAUGAAGGGUUCCCAGGUCCCUCCUAGUGCAACAUAUCAGUGGGAAACAGUUGCAUCAAAUUUGGAAGAAUUCCAGGAUGUGUCUGAGAAGCUUUUAGCCAGUAAAAAUAGAACGGAGGCUUCACUAGGGAAGAAGUUAAAGAAUGACAUGCUUCCUGAGAUUGAAAAGGAGCAUAAGAGGAAAGAGAGGUUGCUGAAAAAGCAGCAUAGACAAGCUUUGCUACUUGAUAACCUUUUGACUGUUGAUGGGCUUGGUCCAGGACGCUCGCUUCGAGACAGAAAGCCUGUCACUUAUACUUUUGAUGAUUAUGAUAAGUCAAUCAAUGAAGCAAUCAAGAUAACCAAGCGGAAGCCCCCAUCCCCAGAACCUGUCCCGAGAAGAGAAGUCAUCAAACCUGAAGCUUCUGCAAAUGGUAAAUGGACUGGUCCUUCACAUGUCUUUGAGCAUGACGAUUUCAAUGCACUGUCCCCCAAAUCCCCCGAAGAGGAUUACAUUGAUGAACAUAAACCUGAAACAUUGGAUAGAAGCAACCGGCGGAGACGGAGGCCCCAACGUUAUUCUGCUAAGGAUUUUGUUGAAGCCGUUUCAGAUAUUGAUGCAGACUUUGACAGUGAUGAUGAUAUAGUUGGAGAGGCUGUAUAUGAUGAGGAAUAUCUGAGGAAACGGAAGCAAAGGAAAAGGUCCAGUAGCUCUGAAGGAGAUGAGGAAUAUCGUUGGGAUGAUGAAAAUGGUGAAGAUGAGGAAGAAGAAGAUGAUUCUUUAAGUAUUAGUGAGGAAAUUGAGGAGGCACCAAAAUUCAAGAAAUUGCCUGGCCGUACUAGGAGGGAAACAAAGUUGAGGUCAGUUGAUGAGCUCCAGUCAGGUCUAAGACGUAGUAAAAGGGCCACUAGAAAUCGUAUUAAUUACAGACAAUAUGAGCUAUCAGAAUCAGAAACAGAAUCGAAGCCCAGAAAAUCGAAUGCAUCAGAUGGACACUCACACUCAGAUCUGAGUGAGAAUGAGGAGUAUUCAGAAGGAAGCCAAUAUUCUGAUGGCAAUGAAAAUGAUGACCAAGAAAUGAAAGUCGAUCAGCCUGUUGAAGAAGGUAAAACUGAGACAGUAGAGAAAGACCAAAACCAGCCACCUGAGAAAUCAGGUAGCCCAGGUCAAGAUGAAGCAGAGGGUGUACCGAACAGACGCUUCCUUGACUUAAAUGAGCUUGCCCCUGGUUCUGGUUUUGAUGAUGUUCCAAACACAAUAACAAAAGAUGAUGAUAAAGAUGCUUUCUAAAGCUUCCCUCUCUUCUGCUGGAUAGCAAGGCUUGUAAUUUUUACCUUGGGGAGGCUACAUGUACGAUAGUAAAUUUUAUAAAUUUUGUAACGAGCCAAUAAGAGGAAAUUAUGAUCAGGGUUCCUCGAUUGGCUUUAUUCUACGUUGGUGCAUUUCAUUCAGGAUUUGCAGCAGGAAAAGCAUCAAUGAGGAGAGUCAUGUAGAUUAGGUAGUGAUUUUUUAGCAUGUCUACAAUGAAGAAAACCUACGGCAGGUCGAUUGGAAUUUGGCCAGAGUACUUUAGCCUAUCUGAUUAAUGUACAAGUACCUCUUAACUGAUAUUGUAACUUCAAAAAAUUGGCUUUUAGAUGUAAAGCCCUGUAGUUUACUCUUUUUCAUCUGCUUCUUAUGCAUCUGGGUUGGUUGGGUCCCCUAGAUGAUAGAUUUUCUUUAUUGUAAUGGAACCAUCCUCCCUCUGAGUGAUUUUAAUUGUUCCCUUUUCCAGAUUAUUGUUCAUUCUGUGAUUUCUCUUUCUCAUGUUAGGCGUUACAGGCAGGAGAUAUUUGUAAGCCAACGUCUGCAUCUAGCUUUGUUCUUCUGGUACCCAAUGGUAUUCAACUCGCGAGGCAUUGACAAAAUUUGAUUCAGGUCUCGUUACAUAUUUGAAAAUUAUACAUGGGAAUUGGGAAACCCCCAUGAUUGCUGCCACAAUGAACUAUUCAGGAACUC